AGAGUCAGCUGUUGCCUGGGAAUAACUUCACGAACGAAUGCAAUAUUCCUGGAAACUUCAUGUGCAGUAACGGGCGCUGCAUCCCGGGGAGCUGGCAGUGUGACGGCUUGCCGGACUGCUUCGACGACAGCGACGAGAAGGAAUGCUCGAAAGCGAAGUCCAAGUGCGGUGCCACGUUCUUCCCCUGCGCCAGCGGGAUCCACUGCAUCAUCGGGCGCUUCCGCUGCAACGGCUUUGAGGACUGUCCCGACGGCAGCGAUGAGGAGAACUGCACAGCAAACCCCUUGCUUUGCUCGACUGCCCGAUUCCACUGCAAAAAUGGUCUUUGCAUCGAUAAAAGCUUCGUGUGCGACAGUCAGAAUAACUGUCAGGACAACAGCGAUGAAGAGAGCUGCGAAAGUCCUCAAG